CCAGCUUUUUCCCUCAGCAAGACAGGCGUCGCGGCUGGAUACAUUCAUCAUCUUCGGUGAAGUUGUCCGGCGGAGUCAUGGGGUGCUCUCUGCAGCACGCCCAUGUUCCUGCCCUGGAGGCGAGUCAGGCGACGCCACCGUCAGCGAUGGCCACGGAGGUACUCCUCCUCGGCGACGCUCGUGCUGGAGAAGAAGCAGUCGACGACGACGAGGGCCUCGUGGAGGAGCCCCAGGCGGCGGAGAAUGUCGGCGCGGCCGCGCCUGCGGCACCUUAGUUAUCGUCAACCUCAAGCCUGAUGGAGAUGGUUAGAGCAGCAUAGUCUUUGUUCUGAGUUCUGACCUGGUUGAUUUUUUUUUUCUUUUCUCUUUUGUGCGAUUCAUUUGGACGAAAGCAUGAGUGUUCGUCCCGUUUGCCUUUUACUCCGUUUCGCGCGAAGUGAAGGGAAGUAGCCCUCGUUCUGUCUCCUAUUUCGCCGCCACCGCCGCGCCCGGAUCCCCCUCUUCCUCUCCGCCUCCACCGAGCCCAGAAUCCCUGCUCCUAGCCCCGUCGUCCGCGCGGGCGGCGAGACGAGUUUAGGGUUUAGGAGGGCGGCCCCCUGGGGCUCCGCCGCGACCUCCUUCGACGACGGGUGCCGGUCCGACGCCGGCGCGGCCGACCCCGUUAGCCUCCGCCUCGGCCGUGCGCGUGGGGGCGAGGGCCGAGGGCCGCGCUCCCCACGGUCGGCCCCGCGGAGCCGGCGGGGGGCGACGCGACCGCGACCACGGCGAGGGCCGCUCCUGGCGGCUGAUUCCAGGGUCUGCGCCGCGCUGAAUCCGAGCAGGGUUCUCCGCUAUUCUUGCGAGAAGAUGAUAGGGUUUUCCUCUUUUGCGCCUCUCUGGAUUGUGAUGCACUGAGGGAUCAUGGGAUGAGCAAACUACAAACUCGGGCACGAAAGGGAUCGAUAGGAUGAGGAUCAGCUCAAGAAUGAGGAGUGGACCAGAAGAAAUAACAUUGAUGUUAUGAUGGAUUCUCUGGAUCUUGUACCUGUGGUAACAGAUGCUGGAGAUACUGCAUUUCAGAUUCACUGCUUGGAGCGAUCAGCAUAUGCUUCUGUAAGGUAGAGAGGCUCUACCUUAUUACCAUUGUAUUAAUGGUGGUCAAUGGUUUACAUGGCCAAGUGGCCAAUUACAAAAGGAAAGGAAGAGAGAAAAUACAGAGGUAAAGGGGAACGAGCGAAGAAGAUAGAAGAGAAAAAAGAAAGAAGAAAGAAGAAAUAAGAAAAAAAAAUGAAAGAGGGAAAGAGUAGCAUAUGAAUACAAUUGUCUGAAUAUUCUGGGUGAGCAGCACUGUGAUCAUCUAGUUCAGUUUUGUUAUCCAGCCUUGAAUUUGCGCUCGAUCUGCUGUUUUGACACGGUUCUCCCAUAAGUUCAGACAGUUUCUUGUUGUCUGCAGGAGGUUGGAAAUGCUUGUGUUAGCUCAGUUGAAUACCGCAUCAUUCCUUGCCUUCCAUAGGUUGUGAGCACAUCAGCACAGGCAGCGAAGCAUAUCGGCCAUCCCAGCUUGAGGUGGCCCUGAGAAGAACCUAGGACUUCAUCGAUGAAUUGGAGGAUGUCAGUACAUUGGAUUGCUAUGGAAUUGAGGCUGAGUUUUGUCCAGAGGACCUCAGCCAGUUUGCAACGCAACACAAUGUGGUCUGCUGAUUCAAUUGCUGGGCAGAUGUUGCAGUGUGGGUCAGACGACCACCUUUUGUGUGUUCUGUUGUUGUUGGAGAAACCUGUCUUUGAAGGCUAGCCAGAGGAAGAUUCUGCAAGUAUUUGGGAUGGCUUUGAGCCAUAUGAAGUCAGCCGGCUUCCCUGAUAUGCUGCGGAAGGUGAGGAGUCUGUAAAAUGCUGCGGUUGUUAUUCCGUUGAGGGAUUGAAGGCGUGAUCUUGUAUCUGGUGCAUCUGCAUAUGGUUGAAUAGUUGCCAAAGUGUUCAUGAGGAGGUUGAGUUCUGUCUGUGCCUGGUUCGAUAACACUGGGUGGAGAUUAAUCGCCCAGGUGUUUUGUGUGAAUUGUGAGGCGACUGUACAGUUGAUGUUGGUUGCGAAUGAUGCCAGUGCCGUGUUGAAGAAGCAGCCAUCGUCCGUCCAAUGGCCUUUCCAGAAUUGCACCGAAAGGCUGCUUCCCAGCAAAACUUUGGUUGAUGCUAUUGUUGGCUCCAAUGCUCCACAGAUCAUCUUCCAAACCGGUGUAUCAGUUGGUCUUGCUAGGAUAAAUCUCGUUCUGCAGGUGCUGUGCUCUGAGCCAGUGGAAGCAUGGCUCCGGGGAGCCAGAUAGCAGCUUGCUUGCAAGUUUCAUUAGUAGCGACAGGUUGUGAGCUUUGAGAUCUCGUAUGCCCAGUCCUCCCUCUUCUUUUGACAUGGUGACAGUAUCCCAGGCGACAAGGCAAUGACCUCCUACUAAACUGAGAAAUAAACUAAAAAUUUCGGAUGCUGAGCGUAGAGAAGUUUCCAUGAAUAUCACUUCAAAUGAGUAUAGUUACUUCGAAUGAGUAUAUCACGCCUUUGCGUACAGGAAAUGUUGUUUGGCAAAUAACUCUGUUCUUUAGGAUCCUGCUUUUGGUGCACAUGCCAUGGUUCCAGAUAAGAUUGUCAAAGACGGACAAGCUUCACCUCAUUCACAAACUGUAUCAGUUUGGCUCAGGAAUCACAAAUACCUUCACGUUCAAUGCCAUCCAUGAGGAGUGUCGACAUAUUAUGGACCAUGCAGUAAUCUAAGAAGUUGAAAUCUGGAAAUGGGUGUGCAUUAUCAUACUUAAAAAUCUUCUCCUGAACAAUUGCCAGUUGCGGGAUUCCUCUGUGCAGGUGGUAUUUAUUGUUUUGUUUUUUUAAGUUAAGAUCGAACUAUAAUAUGUGUGCUUUUCUCAAUGAAAUGGUUUAUUUUGUUCUUCUUUUUCCUACUAAUAAUUAUUAGGGGCUAUUGCAUUUUUACUCCUACUUUGAAGUUCAAUUGUAAUUUUACCCUCGUUUUUUAGGGUUUGCCCCUGCUUUUUUGAAAUGAAGCAGAGAUUUGCCCCUAGUUUGGACGGAUAGUUUGACGGUGUUAAGUCGAGCGCGAAAAGACAUAUACACCCUUACUUACUUAUUGCAUAUUUACCCCUACUUGUAGAUAUCACCCACAUUUUGCACAUAAAAAGUUGGAACCGUUUUGAACUUAAAAUUUAUGAAAUAAUUUAAACUUUAGCUUAUUUUUGAUAAACUUUGACAAAUAUGAUAAUUUUGAUAGAAUUUGAUUAUAGUUUUGGCAGAAUUUUGACGCACUAGCACUCACUUGGUGGUUAGUCAAAGAUUAAUCUCUUUCUCUGUAAUCGCCUCGAUCAGCAGUGAUGAAUUUACAUGCAUGUCAGCAAUGAAGAGAUAGAGCACCAUCCUGGAAGACCCCUCGUCUUCCUUUCACGCUGUGCUGGUCCGCACUAGUCAACAGGGCAAUCGAAGGAGGAAUCAACAUCGGCAAACCUCCUGCCGAGCUGCCACGCCGAGGAAGCGCCGCCACCGCCGCACGGCCUGCUGCUCACGCCGCCGCAUCGGAAGCGACCUGCUGCUCGCGUCGCUCGCGUCGAGUAGAGAUGCCGCCGCAUCAAGGAGUCGUCGCCGCAACCUGCUGCUCGCAUCGAGUAGCCGCCGCCGCCACCUGGUGCUCGUGACGCCGUGCGCUUUGGCCGGAGGCACCGUCGCCGCCUGCUAUAUCUCUCCCUAGGAUUUUGGAAUGGGAAUGAUGGGGUCUUGGGGGGGGUAGAAGAGUAAUACCAUAUUUCUUAAACUAUUUUUCCUUUCUCUAUUCUGUUUUUUUAACUCAAUACUGUGGGACCGAUCUAACUGCCAUCCAUAGUAAGGGCAAACGGUGACUUCAUUUGAAAAAAAACAGGGGUAAAUUCACAAACCCUAAAAACUGAGGGUAAAAUCACAAUUGAGAUUGAAAGUUGGGGCAUAAACACAAUUCUCCCUAAUUAUUAUUUCUGGAUGAUGAGCUGAAUAUCAUAAAAAUAAAUCCAAAGUAUUCAGAAGGAAAACAUCAUUGCUAAUUGGUAAUAUGACCAUUCAAACUAUUGUGGUUAUGUGGAACUGUAAAUUAUGAAAGGCAUUUUUUUAAUGCCUCUGCGGUUUACUGAACAGUUUUGCCACUUCUUUACCUAUUUUUUUACAGUAAAAAUAUCAGUUAAAGCUGAUUUUAAAUAAAUCAGUUAGCAGUGCUGAAGGUUUAUUGAUAAUAAUCUAGCAUACUAGCCUUAUGUGCUGAUAGUUUUUGACAGAAACAUAGGCAUGUAGCACAAAUGAUUUGCUUGAUACUAAGAAAUUACCUUGUGAAGUGAAGAGUGGUUGCCCUCUUGUCUCCCAUCCAAUUAAAGUACAGUCAAGCAAAUUAUGGCCAUGUUUCUUGGUCCAUUCAUCAAGACAUGAAAGCAUCAAUGAAAAGGAGAACUGAAGUUCCAUGAGUGACUGGAUCCAAGAGGCUGGCAAUCUGGCAUAACUUACCUGGGUCUGCCGCUUUACCAAGCAGGAACAGCAGCCUCUGCUAGAUAAGUUCUCUAAGAAGGUUGUCGGGUGUAAGCCAAAAGAUGCUGCCGUCAGGAGGAAGACUGACACAAAUCAAGACAGUGCUAAUGGUGUUACUAGUACACCUAAGUGAUGGUAAUUGAACUGCCACAAUGGGCAAUUAAAGAGGUAGAGAGGAAAUGCCGAAGCUUUCUGUGAUUAGUGUCAGUGGUGGACAUUGUCUGGUGGCUUGGAGCCAAGUCUGCUCGCCUGAUGAGUAUGGUGGUCUUGGAAUCAAGGAUUUACAUCCUGUUCGGUCGAGCACUGCGUAUGAAGUGGCUGGCACUGACGGUACAGCAAAAUGAUCGCGCCCAUGGACAAUGCUGAAGAAACAAGAACACAAGACUCUGGAAAACAUCUUCUUCGCAGCAAAAAGGGUUGAGGUAGGAAACGUCGUCAACAUUGAUUUCUGGAGGUCCAAUUGGUUGCCCAGCAUCAGCUCCUCGAUGCCAUGCCUGUCCUGCUUUGUGUGCCAAGAUGGUCUCUUGGUAACUGAGGGUCUGACAAACUGUCGACGGGUGAAGGAUAUUGUGGGUGCACCAUCGUGUAGAACUUUGAGCUAAUACUUUCAGGUAUGGGACUUAGUAGAAGAGAAGAAACUGAACCAGCGAGAAGAAGAUGUGUUUUUCUGGACAACGGCGAGGGGUGGUAACUUCUCAGUCGACUCGGGUGUACAACAUGUUCUUCCUGGCCAGAACGAGAUGGUCUUGGGACAGGAUGGUCUGAGAGACAAGAGCACCAUCCAAGAUCAAGUUAUUCAUGUGGCUUACCUCAAAGGGAGAUGCCUCACGGCAGACAAUCUACAAAAGAGAGGCUGGCCCCAUCAUCAACACUGCCACCUCUGUUCUUUAGCGAGUGAGGAUUGUACCCACCUGUUUGCUGCCUGCAACUUCACUAAUGCAGUUUGGGAUAUGUUGAGGAACUGGCUCAACAUUGGUUUUCAGCUACCACGGGAUCAGGCCCUCGAUCUUGGUGAGUGGUGGCUUCAGUCAAGAGUGUGUUGUCGUGCUGCUCACAGGAAAUCCUUUGAUUCCUUUUUUUCAUGGUAUGCUGGUUCAUAUGGAAGGAGAGGAAUGCAGGGGUCUCCGAGAACAGAGCAAGCACGCCUAGUAGUGUAUAUGGAGCAAUUAAGGAUGAAAUCUUGGUCUGGAGGGCUGCGGGUUUGUUCAAAAGAGAUUAGUCCCUAGUUCAACCCAAACCUUUUUUCGCCAGGACGAUCUCCUGUUUUGUUUUUUUGGCUACCCAGCAUGGUGGGUGCCACCGGUUUCAACAGCCUACUGUCAUUCAAAAUGACUGUCAUGUUGUCAACCACUGAAAAUGUAGAACAAGGUUUUGGCAUCAUCAAACUUGACAUAACUGCCAGCCUUCUGAGCAAGAAAGAAGAUAAGGAGGAGCUCUUUGUAUUACAAUGAGCUUUAGACUCGCAUCUUCUUCAAGAAAGAAAUGCAAUACUCAAGGUACAAGAAAGGUCCUUUUAUAUGCACUCCUUAAGCUUUCUGAAGUAUCAUAUGCUGAGGAGUUUCUCAGACCAUCAGUACCAACUGCCAGCCGGACGAGUUCACCCAGCACGAUUAGUGUGAGGGCCUGCGACGGCGAUCAAGAUGCGAGAAGUCUGUGACCACGAACGACGGCGAGAUGGCACUAACACCGGCGACCAGUUGGAAUUGGAUUCUAACACUUGUCCUACGAGAAGCAGGCGUCCCGUCUGGUAGUAGCUUGCUAGAAAUCAAAUCUUUUCUCUUUUCCCAGCAACCAGUUGGAAUUGGAUUCUAACACUGGUCCUACAAGAAGCAGGCGUGCAGUCUGGUAGUAGCUAGGAAAUCAAAUCUUUUCCGCAAGAGAUCGGUCUACCAACACAAGACUGGAAAAGAGAUCGGUCUACCAACACAAGACCGCAGGCAUGGCGACAACGACGACGUCCACCGUCACGACCAUCGCGGCGCAGGCUUAUCACGUACUGAAGAUCAACGGGUACUCCAACACCUUGAAAGCCGGCCGCCACCACCCCCUCAGCUCCUGUCCGUUCAGCGCAGGAGGCCACACCUGGCAUGUCAGCUACUACCCACACGGAUGCCGCGACAGCAACAAGGACUGCAUCUCCAUCUUCCUCGUGCUUGAGGACAUCGUCACCGACGAGGACGUGAUGGCAAAAGCUACAUUCAGCCUGCUCGAUCGAUACGGGAACCCGGUGCCCUCGUACACCUAUCACACCAAAUUACGUAACUUUUCAACAUCUUCUGGUAGGGCAAGGGGGUUCGAAAACUUUAUUAGGAGGGACGAAUUAGAGCGAUCGGAAUAUCUCAAUGAUGACUACUUUGCCGUUGCUGCCCAUGUAAUCAUCCCAAAGAAAAAGCCAUCUGUCGUCGUACCACCGUCGAACAUGCAUCUGUAUUUUGGUGAUCUCCUCGUAAGCAAAGAAGGCACCGAUGUCAAGUUCCUGGUCGGCGGCGAGAUGUUUGCGGCGCACCGGUUGGUGCUGGCGGCACGGUCACCGGUCUUCAAGGCAGAGCUUUUCGGGCCGACGAAGAAAGGCACCAUAGAUGCGAUACAGAUUGACAAUAUGGAAGCACGAGUGUUCAAGGCUCUGCUUGAGUUCAUCUACACAGACAUUUGGUCAGAGAUAGGUCAUGGAAAAGACAAUGUAGCUAUGGCUCAACAGUUGCUUGCUGCUGCAGACAGGUAUGGCUUACAGAGGUUAAAGUUUGUCUACGAAGAUAAGUUGUGCAACCAUAUUGAUACAUGCUCAGUGUCAACCAUGUUGGUGCUAGCGGAGAAGCACCAUUGUUGCAAACUCAAGGAGGCAUGCUCUACGUUCCUUAGUUUCAUGAGCCCUCCUAUUGUUGAAGAUCUAAAUUCCAGCAUAUUUGGCAGUGAAUUGGAGAAGACGGUUUCUUCUUCAGAGAACCAUGGAAGUCAAAUUAACCGUACAGAUAUUAGGAUUCAACCGUGGCAAAAUGCAGAUGUCUAGGAACGUUAUUUCCAGUGCUAUAAAAUUUGUUUACUUUGUUUCUAAUAAUUAUGUAGAUUGACUUUGGACUUGAGUUUUUACAAGAUGGUGUAUCCUUA